AUGGGCCCUUGCUGCUGGGAUGUUCCCAUGCUUGUGAAGCUCAUCGACCAGGGUCUGAACAUCGCCCGGUUGAAUUUCUCUCACGGGGAUCACGAGGGCCACGGCGCCACCGUCGGGCGAGUCCGCGAGGCCUCCAAGCAGCGACCCGACAAGCCCGUGGCGAUCUUGCUCGACACCAAGGGUCCAGAAAUCCGAACGGGCUUCUUCAAGGAGAGCUUGGCCGGCGGAAAAAUCUCACUGAAAGCUGGGCAAGACCUCAAGCUUGUGAAUGACUACGACUUCAAGGGCGACGAGACUUGCAUCGCUUGCAGCUACAAGACGCUCCCAACAGCAGUCAAGCCAGGCCAGAUCAUCCUCGCUGCCGAUGGGUCCUUGUCACUAAAGGUGAAGAGCACAGGCUCUGACCAUGUCGUCACAGAGGUUCUGAACGACAUCGCCAUUGGUGAGAAGAAGAACAUGAAUCUGCCUGGCGUGAAGGUGGAGCUUCCAGUGCUCCAGGAGAAGGACAAGAAGGAUCUCAUUGAAUUUGGUGUGCCGCAAGGUGUCGACUUCGUGGCAGCUUCGUUUGUUCAGGAUGCCAAUGACAUCAAGCUUAUCCGGGACACUCUUGGAAUGCGAGGACGUUCGGUCAGGAUCAUCUCGAAGAUUGAGAAUCAAGAAGGCAUAAACAACAUUGAUGAGAUCAUCGCUGCAAGUGAUGGAAUCAUGGUGGCACGUGGCGACAUGGGCAUGGAGAUCGAUAUCGAGAAGGUUGGGCUCGUCCAGAAAAUGAUUAUCAUGAAGUGCAAUGCUGCUGGCAAAUUUGUGGUAACAGCAACACAGAUGCUGGAUUCCAUGGAGCGUGCUCCCCGCCCUACACGUGCCGAAGCGACAGAUGUACUGAAUGCGGUUCUGGACGGCACGGAUGUGGUGAUGCUCUCUGGCGAGACUGCCAAUGGCAAGUUCCCAGAACUAGCUGUGGCAACCAUGCGGAGAAUUUGUGAGCAGGCGGAGUCAGUGCUGGAUUACAAGACCCUCUACCUCAACAUGCGACAGCUUGUUCUGAAGAAGGAGAUGGGCAUGUCAGCGGUAGAGUCCGUUUGCUCCUCUGCCGUGAAGGCGUGUGUCGAUUCCAAAUGCCCGCUGAUCAUUGCCCUCAGUGAGACGGGAACGACUGCAAGGUUGAUUGCCAAGUAUCGUCCCGAAGCGCCCAUCCUGUGCAUCACAGCUAGCGAGACCAAUCUGCGACAGCUGCUUGCUAUUCGUGGCGUCAUCCCCAUCCUCACGGCAUCCUUCCAGGGCACCGACUCCGUCAUAGCCAAAGCAUUGACUCGCGCCAAGGAGCACAACAUGGUCAAGUCUGGUGACAUCGUUGUGUGCGUGCAUGGCCAGAAGGAAGAAUGCCCCGGAGCUUCGAACUUGAUGAAGCUGGUGACGGUUCCUUAG